CGCAGCGCCGGUGCCGAGCGCAGCGCGGCGCGCACGGCGGGAGCGGCCGCGAGCGGACGGGCCUGGCGGCUGGACGGGCGCCCUCGCCGCCCCACGCGCUCCUCGCCGCCCCCCAUGAGCGCAGCCCCGCGCGGCCCAGGUCCGUAGCGGUGGGGCGCCCCCCAUGCUGCUGCAGCCCGCGCCGUGCGCCCCGAGCGCGGGCUUCCCGCGGCCGCCGGCCGCCCCGGGCGCCAUGCACGGCUCGCAGAAGGACACCACGUUCACCAAGAUCUUCGUGGGCGGCCUGCCCUACCACACCACCGACGCCUCGCUCAGGAAGUACUUCGAGGGCUUCGGGGACAUCGAGGAGGCCGUGGUCAUCACCGACCGCCAGACCGGCAAGUCCCGCGGCUACGGCUUCGUGACCAUGGCCGACCGGGCAGCAGCUGAAAGGGCUUGCAAAGACCCCAACCCGAUCAUUGAUGGGCGGAAGGCCAACGUGAACCUGGCAUAUCUGGGUGCCAAGCCCCGGAGCCUGCAGACGGGCUUUGCUGUUGGCGUGCAGCAGCUACACCCCACACUGGUCCAGCGGACUUACGGGCUGACCCCCCACUACAUCUACCCGCAAGCCAUCGUGCAGCCCAGCGUGGUGAUCCCGGCCGCCCCGGUGCCAUCGCUGUCCUCGCCCUACAUCGAGUACACGCCUGCCAGCCCUGCCUACACCCAGUACCCACCAGCCACCUAUGACCAGUACCCGUAUGCCGCCUCGCCCGCCACGGCCGCCAGCUUCGUGGGCUACGGAUACCCAGCCGCCAUGCCGCAGGCCCUGUCGGCCACGGCGCCUGCGGGUGCUGCUUUUGUGCAGUACCAGGCGCCGCAGCUGCAGCCCGACAGGAUGCAGUGAGGGCCGUCCCGCUGCGGGCACUGUGGUGACGUCACCCACACCGCAGACAGACUCGGGCUAGCAGCCGGCUCAGCUCUGGGCGCCACCAGCACCUGUGCCUCCGAGACCCCUGGCUCGGCCAGGCGGUGUGUCUUCGGGCCUGGGUCCCAUCGUGCCUUGAGGGGGACUUCAGGACGGAGUGGCCGAGAGGCUGUCUGCAGAGGCCCCUCGCGCUUGGCCCCCAGGCCUGUCCUGCCCCCGCUCUACAGGUGCCCAGGGCCGGGCCGACACCCUUCCACCGCGGUGCCUUCUCAGGGAGACUGGCAGAGGACCCAGGGCCGCAGGCUGCUGCGCGGGCUGCCCUCCUCCCAGACGCCGAGCCCUGGUGGGCCGCCGGCCCCCUCGUGCCAGCCGGCGCUGCGCCCUCUUCCUGUUGUCGUUUGCUCCUGAGGCGAUUCAGAAUUUCAGUCUAUGUUUUUCAACAGACCCUGCUGCCGCCAGGAACCAGAACCUAGUUCAACUUGGAGAGACUUGUUUUUUGUGGAUGUUCCACCGCGGGGACGAUGACAGUAUUUCUGUAGGAAAGUGUCGCCGCCGCCGGCCGGGCCCUUGGCAGGGCUCUGCUGGGCUGGCGAAGCGUGUCCACCCCAGGGUGAGUUCUCAGGUGCCCUCACGCGUCAUCGCUGCCGUCUGCCUGGGCCCUGCUCCUCCUGCCCCGGGUAGGCGCAGCCAGCUGCCGUCGGGCUGGACUGUGGCAGCCCAGCCCUCCCUGGCCCCUGCGAGGCUCUGAGUGCAGGUCCCGCCCGCUGUCCCUCGCCAUCGGCUGCACGCAGCCCAAGACACUCCUUCCAGCUGAGGGCGCCGUGGGGGCUCCUGGUUCACGGUGGCAGCUCCCAGGGACCCGAGGCUGGAGGCUGAGGGGCUCCCGGCAGGGAGGGGGCCCCAGUGGGCAGGCAGCUGGGCUGUGCCUUUGCCCUACCUCAGGGAGCCCAGUGGCCAGCGCCCACGGUGUGGAGAAGGCCCGGAGGUGAAGGUAGCUAACGUUAUAAUAUUUUUAUUAGAAUGUUCUGAUUAUAAAA